UUGCUUCAUUGUGUGUUUGUGACCUCUUGGUGGCACAGUGUGAUAUAAAUUGCUGUUGUGACCCAGACUGCAGUGCUGCAGAUUUCAGUCUCUUUACUACAUGUUCAGUUUCCAUUGUUACAGGUGACAGCCAGCUUUGCAGUCAGAAAGCAGCUAUGUAUUCAAUCAAUGUUGAAGCACAUCCACCUGAAAGGACAUUUAAGUUAGUUGAUCAGAACAAUCCAAGUAUUUUCUGCAUUCACUCUACAAACUAUAAACAAGCACUGUCCUUUAUUCCUCCUGAAGUGCCUACCUCACAAAAUUUUGAUAAUUUGCUUAAGCGGUUUGAAGGCAUUUCCUUCAGUGCUGAAUCUGACGUUCGCUUGAAUACUGAAUCAGAUGUUCAGAAUUCCUCUGGUGCAAAUGAAACUGCUAGAUAUGAGUAUGGUGUUCCAAUACAGACGGCUGAUGGAUUUCUGAGAUUGCCUGCUCCCUUGGUCUCCUCUCAGUGCUCUGAUGCUAAUCCUGCAGGUUUUCUAGUAAACCAGGCUGUGAAAUGCAGUAGAAUGAUAAAUAUGGGCAAUUGCAGCACUAUUCAAGCACUUAGUAUGCUGUUCUACACUAACUCCAGCAUUUUAGCAGUACCUAAGUCAAGUCAGAUGGUUAAUAUUACUGUCCAGACCAUAACGAUCCAGUCUCUGAAUGGAACACGUACUCUGCUUAAAAGCAGUAGUGUUCUUUUGCUCCCCAUGUCUUUGGAUGGUCAGAUGUGCAUAAAUGUUGUUCUUGAGGUGAGCUAUUCUAUCACAUACACAGAUGCAGGAGAAAUAAUACAUGCAGCAGUUUAUUUUGUUCUGGGGACAAUUAACAAUGCAAUGCUUCCACUACAGCAAAGCUUCAAAAUCAGUUUUACUCAGGUAAAAACAAAGCCAGUACCUCUUAGCGGAAAUCCUGGCUAUGGUAUCGGGUUGCCUCUGAGGGCAGGAUUCAAACCUCCUGGAUCUGGCAUUAUUCAGAGCAGUAAUAUAUAUGAUCAACUUACUAUUUUGCAAAGCUCAUCUAACCAAGACUGUCUAGCUGUAGAAGGAGUCAGAACCCCGGUAUUAUUUGGUUAUAAUACGAUAUCUGGUUGUAAACUAAGAAUCACUGCAAAUACAGACUGUCAACUGUUGGCCAGUAUCAUCUUGAAUGUACUGAAAGGACAACAUUUUCCAGAAUAUGUAGCUUCAUUUGGAAAUUCUCAGGCCCAAGAUGUAUUGGACUGGGUACCAAUCACUUAUGUCCAGUCUUCAGAGCAGGGCCUCUGCCAAAUCCCAGUAUCAUUUGAAAUAGAAGUGAAGUGGACUAAAUAUGGAUCUCUGGUCAACCCACAAGCUAAAAUCAUGAAUGUCUCAGCAAUGGUCAUUACUGCUGCACUGGCCCAGAGUAACUUUGGAAGUGAAAGGACUAUUCAGAUAGCAAGUUCUGUUACUUUUGUUGAUGUUUCUACACCUGCAGAGCCAGGCUAUAAAGCUAAACCAACUAUUGAUGCCAAGUUACCAUUUGAUUUUUUCUUUCCAUUUAUUUAAUCCCACAUGCAAUUGAGAAUGAAGAACAAGACCUGCAGAGUAUUCAAGCCUGCUGUUGAAGACUCCUAUGUUACCUGGAUGUAGUCGAUAUGGUUCUGCUCUUGUUCAAAAUUUCACAUGCUGGUAUUGGGAUUAAUUGCACAAUUAAAUACAGCAGCACCUCUGGAAGUGAAUCCUAUCCAAGAACAGGAUGAUACAGCCAAAGCAAAAAUUAAUGAGGAAGCUACUCUGACAGAACACAAAUGGGAGGUGGCUUAGAGACAUAGUAAUGUUAACAUGUAAACUAAACAACCUUCCUCCAAUACUGCAAAUGAAGAGACAUAAGAAAAAAUAGCAAUUCCUUGAAAUAAAUUCUGCCCCGAAUAUGUACAGCUUUGUAAAGAUCUAACUUUAUUAAACUUGUUGCAGCAGUGACUAUACAGCUAUAUAAUUAAAGACUUAUGCAAUAAUUUUAA